AUGGAGCCAAUUUUGUUAAUCUAUUAUCAGACAGCGCAGUCUAGCGCGGAGAGAACUGCCCGCGAUGCUCCCAUGAGCCUUAUCCAAGAAAUCCGAGAGAAUAUCACCUUACAUCGACAGCCACGGCAGAUCCAAGAUCUCUUAGAGGAUGUCAUCGUAAAUGGGAUCGUCUCGGAGAACACAGCCUUUUCACUCCUAAAAGGAUUUUCAAAGCUAUCGAGUCGCUGGCUAUUUUUGAACACCGACUUAACAGAUCUACGAACCAAAUCCCCCCUUCUAUUUGGUACUUGUAUCCUUGCCGGUCUUCACAUAACCCCAUCAUUGCACGGUUCGCCAACACAUCACGCAUUAUACCGCCACGUUCAUGGACUGUUAGGCCGGUCCCAAUGUGCAUCUGCUGUUUCCCUGGAUACGAUUCAAGCAAUGCUGGUUUGCUCCAUGUGGGACUUAAGGCCGACCAGAGAUCAUGACCAUGGCAAUUCAUGGCUUUUGAGCGGUACAGCGGCGAUGCAGGUUAUGAUCACGACUUCUUUUGGGCAGCUACUGCAGACGAGAAAUAUUCAGGAACAGGCACGCGCGCGGGAGAUCUUGCGUACCUGGAACUUGAUUUGCUUGUGUCAGCUACAAUUCUCCGUUGGCUCUGGUCGACCACCUGUUAUUUCUGGACAAUACUUUGAUCAAUGUGCAAAGAUUCUCGAAUUCCCAUCUUAUAACUCCCGAGAUGAGCUAGUGCUAGCUGGCGUGUAUCUUUAUCGAAAACUAUGGGAAUUGGUUAGUUCGAACGUGAUUCAGAAGGAGGUUCCAGCCUGGCCUGAGAUCGAACAACUAUGCAAGUCGCAAGAACAUAUCUACAAUCUUGACUCAUCCGAGCCUUUGCGUUUUGCCUAUUCCUGCACUUACCUGAUCCUCGCUCGCCGCACACUGCAGCACAUCCACGAAUCUCAACCAGGAAACUCCAGCAGCACACGAAUCAGGCCGGAAGCAGAUAAUGCUCUUGCAUUUAUCAGAUUUGCGAUUCAUCACUCAAACCAGAUUUUGGUCCUUUUUCUCUCCAUGUCUGAUCUCACAACCUGCAUCCAUCCAGCAUACGAGAAUCUCCUGUGCUCAUUUGCGAUGGUCACUUUGGCCGAGUUUGUUAGCCAUGUGGUCAAUAUCGGCGAGACUAUUGGGCUCAUGGAGCGGGCUAUAUCUCACAUCCAGCGUGGAGGGAAGGCUGAGCCUGUGAGUCGGUGGUCUUUGAAUGUCAUCAAGCAGCAUGUCAAUGGGAGUGAGUUGGACUCUUUCAUAGAUGGAGCUGAUAGUACCGAGACUUUCGCUCCACCCACAGCAGAGAAUCCAAGAUCGUGGAUGGAAAGUGACUGGAGUAUGAAUCUCGAGCAGGAGUUUCCAUCUCUUGAAGAUAUGUUCUUUGGCAAUGCGGCUUGA